UAGUACGUCAUCAUCACGCGUCUGGAAUAUGUUCAGAGUUUCAUGUGUGUGGAUAGAAACUGAAGCACAUUAGAUUGAUGAAGUGUAGUUCGCCAGCCUUCAACCCCAGGAUCUAACUUUGGAUAUUGCUGCCUCAUGAAACAGCUUCAAAGAAGCUCCCGAAGUGUAUUGUUAGUUAAGUAACGUGUAUGACAGUUUCAGUUAGGAAGAUAGAAAACAGAUAGGCGCACUUGGACAACUUGCCAUGGCCCUGUUUCUUGUCAACAGGUACCUUGGAGAAGAUGAUGAUGAGGAGACCAACAAAGAAUCAAGAUCCCAGGAAUUGCUGGCUAAACUGCAGAACAAGGCCAAAGAGAAACAGAAAUCGGCCUGUCAUAACGCACACGUUCAGGCAGAAAUUGACAGUUUUGAGGAAAACAGAAGUAAAAGUAAGGUGGACCAUCCAAAGGAGACAAAACGCGCUAAGAAAAGGAAAAGUGAGGGGAACCAGGUUCUCCCACAUGUUCCUGAAGCUGUAGAACAUGGAGGUUCCGCUGACGAUAAAAAACCACGUCAGAAAAAAAAGAAGGGCUCUGAAAAGACAAAGCUGAAAUCAGAAGGAAAGUCAGAAGAAGUAAAGAUGGCGAAGCCUGAUCAUGAGCUUGUUGCUGUAGAAGAGCCAGAGGAUGAAGAUGGAGGGGAGGAGAGCAUGGUGACGAAAACGCAGACUGAACCAUCGGAACAGAACACGGAAACCGGCGUUGCUCCUACUGGGUUCACAAUCCUUGGAGGACACGAGCAAAAAAGGAUCCAGAAGGUUCACAGAGUAUUACCGCAGUGGCUUUCCAAGCCAGAUGCGAUUCAGAGAGACAUUAAAAGCAAUCUGGUUCCCAUUUCUGAUGUCCCACGAAUGAGCCCUAAGAUUAUAAAGAAACUGGAGAGUAAUGGAAUCCAAAACCUAUUUCCAGUGCAAGCGGAAGUGAUCCCUGCCAUUUUGGAAAGUGUGUGCCAUGGCUUCCUGAUAGGAAGAGGGGGUUACCGGCCCAGGGACAUCUGUGUGUCUGCACCGACAGGGAGCGGCAAGACUCUGACGUUUGUCCUCCCCGUGAUUCAGGCAUUAAUGCAACGCGUUGUGUGUGAAGUCAGGGCUUUGGUCGUGCUGCCCACCAAAGAGCUUGCACAGCAGGUCUGUAAAGUCUUCACUUCGUAUGCUGAGGGCACCACUUUGAAAGUGGUUAUACUUGCAGGUCAGAAGUCUUUCGGUGCCGAGCAGGCUUCCCUUUCUGAAAACAGAGGCGGCUACAGCUGCUGUUUGGCGGACAUUGUCGUUGCCACCCCAGGAAGACUGGUUGACCACAUCAACCUGAAUGCUAGCUUCAGUCUGGAGCAUCUUCGCUUCCUGGUCAUUGAUGAAGCAGACCGUAUGAUUGACAGCAUGCACCAGUCCUGGCUGAGUCAGGUGACCAAGGCUGUCUACAAAUGUAGGAGUGGUCCUGAUGCCAUCUUCAGGAGGACUGAGCCCACGCACAUCACAGCGGCGAGUUUGUCACCACCUCAGAUGCCUCUGCAGAAGCUCCUGUUCUCAGCCACCCUCACCCAGAACCCAGAGAAGCUCCAGCAGCUGGGUCUGUACCAGCCCAGGCUCUUCAGCUCCAUCCCCAGCCAGCUGACGUCAGAGAACCCAUCCAACGACACUGACGUCUCGCAGCCUAAUGAAACGUUCAACUUCCCAGAGGGGCUGACGGAAUACUACGUGCCAUGCACACUGAACAAGAAGCCCCUCCUCCUCCUCCACUUCCUAUUACGUUUGAAGUUUAGUCCUAUUCUGUGCUUCACCAACUCCAGAGACGCUGCUCACAGGCUGUAUGUGCUAGUGAAGCUGUUUGGUGGAGUGCAAGUGGCUGAAUUCUCCUCACGGCUCUCACCCAACGAGAGAAAGAAAACCCUGAAGGAGUUUGAGCAGGGGAAAAUCCAACUUUUGAUCAGCACUGACGCUGCUGCAAGAGGCAUUGACGUUGAUGGAGUGAAAUGUGUCGUGAAUUAUGAUGCACCACAGUUCAUCAGGGCAUAUAUCCACAGGAUUGGAAGGACUGCAAGAGCAGGAAAAGCUGGGCUGGCGUUUACAUUUCUGUUAGGAGUGCAGGAGAAGAACUUCCUGAAAAUGGUGUCUGAUGCUGGCAGCCCAGGGAUCCAAAAACAGAUCAUCAUGCCGAACAACCUGAAGAACAUGGAGUCUCGUUACCAGGAGAUCCUGCAGGAGUUGGGGAAAACCAUUAAGAGUGAAAACGCCAAGAAGCGGGUCUGACAAAGGAGGAUG